GUUUACCCGGCAUUUGGUGGCACAUUGAAGUGUUGUUGUCUGUCGUGCUAUGGGACGUAGCGUAGACAGCACGCUAGAAAUGAAACUAGUAUUUAAAUGCAAACUUGAUCGGUUUCCUGGCACCGAAAAGUUAAUUAUUCACAAUAAGAUUCGUUUACUCUGACGCUCAACGGUGAAAAACGAUCUGCCACUUUCUUUCGUCUCCCAACCUGGAGUAGUCCUACUUUUUUUGUUGGAGCGGUAAACAAAGACUUCUCGUGUUUUUUUAACUGAUCGAAGUGGACUUCUUACACGAUUAGCAGUUUGCUUGGAGUCACAACCCGCUGUAGGCUGUCCUGACGGGAAACGUUACAAUUGUGAAAUGCUUAACGCGCCUCACAGCAAACUGCUUUUGUUUCAGAACUGUGUGGGCUUUAUCUCUUUUAAAAAAAAAAAUCCCGUGUUGUGAUUGCGCAGCUUCGCAUUUUGCGUGAAAUAACUGCGGUCGUGGACAUUUGUUUUACGCAUUGCUGGAACACCGACUUACGGAAUCGCACUUUGGGCUGCAUAGACUAGUGGAAACAUCCCUCGGGGAACUGGAGUCAUAUUCAGGCUGCAUCGACGCUAUUAAAACAAACAAACAAACAAAAACUAAACAAAAAAACCCAAAGCCUUUUCUUUCAUUUGCUCAUGGGAGAAUGUUUAAUUUGGUUAACGGCUUUAUGUGAAUGAUCUGGCCGACAUGAAAUAAAUUUGUGAGUCAGUCUGGUAAUUACGAUAGCUUCGGAGACCCGAGUCGCCUGUCUCGGGGCUACGAGAGUACGCGGGGUAACUGCAGAUCAAGGCACUUCUGUUACUGUGUUGCGGUAUCAAAUCUGUUACUAUAUUAUCGCAUUACUCUGCGCUUGGUAGCUUCCGUGUCUCAUUUGUUCGAGGAACCACGCACAUUCCGUGACGGGUGGGAUAUCCGUGUGAAGAAGGCACAUGGUUCAGAGACGCGUGGGAAUCGAGAGGUCCUUGAGCCGGAUACCUGUAACUUUCAGGGCUCUCUCAUUCGAGAAGGGCUGUACCGCCGUCGUGGACUGACUCUCGCUGCCUUUCCGUCUUCGUCGACUCUCCUUUCAGCAGGUUUGGCAUCCUGUAAUGGACCUGAAAGCUUUCGGCGAAGUUCCCGCACACCAUAAUAUUCAAAUGGAUUCUUUCCUGGAAUCCACCGCCCAACAGUAGACUCGGAACCAGUUUGGCCGUCGGAUAUUUCGGAACUGAGCAAAAUUCAUUUUUAUUGCCAACAGGAUUUAUUAGGGAACUACGAUGUCAUAUGUACGGGCUUGUUUGGGAACUCUGCUGCUGUAUGUGUUUGUUUUAGAUGUUGCAGGUAAAGUUUCCCCCACCAGCUCCAAUGCUUUCCUCAGUGCACCCGACGCCAGCGCCGCCUCCGGUUCUCCAGAUCUGUACCUCCCAGCCAGCUUCAAGCUCUCCAACACCCAACUUGCCUUCUUCCUCCAAAAGAGCCGAGUCCCAUCCCGGGGUGGGCCUAACGGACACCCACUGCAACGUUCUGAGAGUUUUGUUGUCUUUCAGACCAAGGAGUUACCUUCAGUCAACAUCUCCCUGGGGCCUUUCACCCAGGACCAGACGCUUCCCAAAGACCUGCUGCAGCCGUCUAGUCCCUUGGACGUUCCGGGUAGACUGACUGUUAGCUGGAAGGUGCGGGCGUUUAUUGUUCAGUCCAAGGUGUUCGCGAGCAACCCGGUGGUCCAGGUGCUUUUUUACAUUGCAGGCCGGGACUGGGAUGACUUCAAGGUCCAGGACAAGCUGCCUUGCGUGAGGUUGCAUGCCUUCCGAGAUGUUCGGGAGAUCAAGACUUCUUGCAGACUCCAGGGAAACCUGGCGCAAUGCUUGGCCCAACUGGACCUUCCUUCUACCUGGUUCAACGUCAACGUGGCGCCCCUGGGCCGCAGAAAGUCCUCGGCCUCGGACGGACUGGAGAUGAGUGGGGAGACCCUCCAGGUGGAGCUCUACUACACCCUCCAUGAUCCAGACAGCAAAGGUGAGUGCGGGGAGACUUUCCCCAGACGAGGAGGAGGGUCCAGAGGGGAGAGCUCAGCCCAGCAGCCCUUACUUCGGAUUGGAAGCAUCACCCUGUACCAGCCCAGCCAAGAGCAGCUGGUAGUGGACAAGCAACUAGACAAGAACGUCUUCUUAAGGCUACCUGACAAACCACUAAAACCUGGAGAGACUCUCAGUAUCUACCUGUUCUUAGUGCCAAACUCAACAGUGGAACAGUUCACACUCAAGGUUAAAGCAAAGAAGGGUGUGAAUCUCCUCAGUACUAAGUCACAGAGCAACCAGUGGAACGUGGUCUGGGAGGAGCAGUCUGGAGCCAAGCACUCCGUCACCACAGUGGAAGCCAGUAAGAUCAGAGGUGUCGCUGGGGAUUUGACUGUCAGCAUUGAAAUUAUGCAGCUGGACUUUGAGAUGGAGAACUUCACCAGCCAAUCAGUGACCAGGAGGAUCAACUGGAACAUUGAUUAUCGAGGCCAGAAUCCACCCCCCGACACGGACAAGGUGGUGACAGAGUUGACAGCGGUGCAGAAGGAUAUUCAAGCCAUCAUAUCGCUGUCAAUGCUAUAUCACCAGACGGUAUGUCGGCGAGAUUCUAAAACAACAGACGUUAUAUUGCGAGUCAUUUUGCAGGAUACUGAGAUCAUCAAUACUGCGGUCCUGACAGGCCGGACGGUCGCCAUCCCAGUCAAAGUCGUCUCCAUAGAGCUGAAUGGCGCGGUCACUGACAUCUCCUCCUUUGUGGAGUGCAAGUCAUCCAACGAGGACAUCAUCAAGGUGUCCAAGGACUGUGACUACGUUUUCGUGAACGGCAAGGAGACGCGGGGUUCCAUGAACGCACGUGUUAUCUUCAGCUACGGGCACCUAAGCGCUCCGCUGGAGCUCACCGUGUGGGUGCCCCGGCUGCCUCUGCGCCUCGACCUCUCUGACAGCCGACUUGCAUUCGUCAAGGGCUGGAGGGUCCCCAUACUACCCGACCACAGGUCGGCCCGGGACAGCGACGAUGACGAUGAUGACGACAGGAAGGUGAGCCGUGGGUGCACGCUCCAGUACCAGCGAGCGCGGGUGAAAGUCCUGACGCAGUUCCACACGACGUCCACAGAGGGCGCCACCCAGGCCAUCACCAUGCUCGGCCCAGACUGGCAGGUGGACAUUACCGACCUUGUCCAGGACUCGCUGAAGGUGUCAGACCCCCACGUGGCUGAACUGGUGGAUCGCACCGUGCUGGUGGGUUUGGAGCAGGGCUCCACCACUCUGAAGGUGGAAUCUCCGCUAGCAGUGGAGGCCGUGUUGGGUGAGGCACCUUUCUCAGUGGUGGAUGAGAAAGUGUCCAUAGUGGAUUUACGCGUCCACGCCGUCUCUGGACUGGCGCUGAGUAUUCAGCCCAGCCCUGGCAACAGCCACACCAUGGUUGCUAAGGCAACAGGGCUACAGACACUCUCCGCCCUCAAACAGGAAGCAAGCCUCUCCAUCUGGAUUUACUACAGCGACAACACAGCUGCCCCACUCAGCAUAUACGACCCUAAGGACUACAACCUCAAUGCCUCCACAGUGGACGACAAGGUGGCUUCCAUUUCUCAGGAGCCUCAGCAAAGGUGGCCAGUAAUCGUCGCAGAGGGGGAGGGAUCCGGGGAGAUUGUGCGCGUCGAGAUGACUAUAUGUGAGGCGUGCCAGAAAACCAAACGGAAGAGCGUCAUUGCCUCCUCCCCGGUUCAUGUCAAGGUGCGCUUUGGGCCAGACGAGGACUCCGAGGAGGAAGUGGAGUCAGAAACAGAGACAGAAACUAAAAUGCCAGUCAACACAAGGAGACCAAUCAUCGAUCCCAGUAUGGGCGGUGCAGGUUAUGAACCCUCCAAUGAGCAGCCUGCAAGUGUACCCAUCGACUACACCAAUUUCCCCACCAUCAGUAACCAAGAGCGACCAACCGAGGAGGAAGAGGAGGAGGAUGACGAGUUUGUACACUCGCCUCGUAGCAUGACUGACUUGGAGAUCGGCAUGUAUGCCCUCCUGGGUGUGUUUUGCCUGGCCAUUCUGGUCUUCCUGAUCAACUGCAUCGUGUUUGUCCUCAAGUACCGCCACAAGCGCAUCCCGCCUGAGGGCCAGGCCAACAUGGACCACUCGCACCACUGGGUCUUUUUGGGUAACGGGCAGCCACUGCGAGCUCAGAACGACCUCUCCCCGCAGACGGUGGAGAGCCCCAGCAACCCAUUGGAGGGUGCACAGACAUGCUGCCAUGCAGAUCACCACAGCAGCGGCAGCUCACAGACCAGCGUGCAGAGUCAGGUCCAUGGCCGAGGUGACGGAAGCUCCGGCGGCUCCACCAAGGAGAGUGGCGAGGAGGCCAGCUCACCUACCUCCAAACGCAAGCGUGUCAAGUUCACCACCUUCACCACACUGCCCACGGAGGACCUGCCCUACAACUCCAUCCCCAUAGCUGACGAGGAGGACAUCCAGUGGGUAUGUCAGGACAUGGGCUUCCAGGACCCCGAAGAACUGCAUGACUACAUGCGGAGGAUAAAGGAAAUAGCGUAAUGGUGGCUCGGAGCUUUCUAAAAACCGUUCCUUUCUAAUAUUCUCACUUUUUUCCUCACUCUAGUGGAGUUAUCUUUUCACUCGAUUGAAGAAGUGACCGAGACCUACUGUCCUGGUUCUUUGGGAUUGUCUUUGCACAGUGCAGUUUCCCUUCUAAACGUUCACAUUUUGGAACAGUUACAAAACUCCAAAUCAAACAAAACAAACAAAAAGAACAAAAAAAAAGUACAUUUGAUGGAAAGCCAAAAACAAGUCUAGAGAGUCUUAUACUCACUAGCACAGAUGGCUUUAGUGUGCGUCAUCCUUUCUCAGGCAAAGAGGGCAUACAAUCUCUAAGGGAAAUGCAAAGUUUUAAGUUCCGGCGAGUCGAACUGGAUUCCUCACUCCAUCACUCCCUUUAGGAGUGGGGGGGAACACCCUGGGGACCACCCUGCCAUGGAUGGAAUACUCCUCAGAGGAAUGCCAAGAGUCUUGGCACUGUGUCUGUUUUUUUGUUGCUGUUGUUGUUGUUGUUGUUGUUGUUGUUUUGGUUUUAUUCUCCUCCUAUUUUGAACAUCCAAGUAUUCUUCAACAAAGAGGCCUUUGCAGUGCAGAUUUUAAUUUUUCUCAGAGUGUUUGAGAGGGGUUGUCCUGACUCCAUCACUGGUAACACAACAUUCUACUGUAAAUGUCAAAGACAGUCAUUAGGACAUGGAUACUUUUUGUCAGUAUUGAAAAACACUGAAUGGUUGUCUCUCUUUCCCCUAUUUAGUAUUAUCUUGGUGUAAUGCUUUUUUUAUGGUUUGGUUGGUUGCUUGUUUGUUUUUUAAAUAACUUUCACAUGUCUGUAGCAUUUUCAUACUAAGCCUAGUUUUAGAUGACAUCUCGGGGUCACUCGUUUCCCUGGUCAAGUCAGAUGCCUUAUUAAAUGACUUAAUAAUCACAACCUCUCUUUGUUUUGACACCAUGUUUAUUCACCUUAUUAACUGUGAAAGCAGGUAGUAACUACCCAAACCGUUUGAAGUAACUGAAAUUGGCAUUAACAGCGGGGAGGGCAGCAGCUUGUACAGUGUGACAUGAAAUAUUUUCUUCAGCAGUUUUUUCAUGCAUGAAAACAGAAUCUGAGGCACAAUCAGCCAUUCUGUUCCUGCCAAAUUUGUAAAUGUUUGUAACGUGAUAAUGAUCUAACCCUACCUUAAAAAAGUAGAGGACACGUUAUGUUACCAUGCAUUACAGCAUGCGGUGCCCUAAGCCCACCUGUAUACGCAUACCAUCAGAACUUUAGCGCACUACCACUGUUUCAGUUACCCCUGACAGAGGAUGACUUUGUGUGAUAAGCUCUCGUCAGGUCUUUGGAUCUCACAUCUCACUUUUUUUCAAUGUCUUAACCUUUCACUUCCCAGGUGAACAUUUUAAAAAAAGGAUCUCUAAUUAAAACAAAAAACGCUACUUGAACACGUGCUGAAGGUGGAGAUUCGUGUGUAGCAAAUAAAUACGAUCUAUAAUACUGAAUUGUAUGCUAAAUUAUGUACAUACUCUUUAUUUAUACAUGUACAUUUUGUACAAGUUUUUUGUUUGUUUGUUUGUUUGUUUGUUUGUUUUUUAAAGUUCAGCUCUGGUUGUGAAGACUAGAAGAAUCUCAUAUUCUUGUCUGGCUUUUUACACUAGUAAAUGCCAGUGAGGUUUGCUGGUGAACAGACCACAUUAAACCAUGUUUUAUAUUAGAUUUAUUAUUUGUUAAUAAUUUAGUUGGUUUUUACAACUUUAUUGAUAUAAUAAUUAUACAAUUAGCUAGAUUUCGGUAGUGCACAUUAAGAUCAAUGUAAGCACUUAAACUGUCAUUUACUAGUGUAGAAAUAUUGGGAACAGGUUUUGGAUUUGAGAGUAUUUAGUGGAUUGGAGAAUAACUGUUCUAGAGAUAUUGGUGACCAUGUCAAGGAUGGUUUCCUGGAUAGUUGUUUAUUUUAGUUUUUUUUUUAUCAUCAUAAAACAGUUAAUAAUUCAUUUAUUUCUCCAUUUUGUAAAAUGUGUCUUGCUCAUUUAGUACAAUUACUUGCUUUAAUCAGUAAUCAGGAGGAAAGAUUUAUUUCUGCCCUUUGUCUUUAUUUAUUGCCAGUAUCGCCUGGUUUAACAGAGGCCCAGUGCAUUCCAGUCCAUCAUCACAGAGGACCUAAUGUUGACCCAUGCCUUUCCCUAUGCAUCCCAUUAUGCCUUAUGAUUUACAGCAAUCUUAAUAUUUAAAGGUUAUAUUCAAUAAAACCCUACUUAUGGCAAUGUGUUGAAAUUGCAAUGAAAUUGUGUAAACAGGUUGACCUAUAUAGAUUUAUUUCCAGAUAACAGUAUCCCUCAGUUACAAGGUUUUGAAAGUUAUAUUGAAUCUGAGCCUGAGGGUUAGUAAAAGAUUUUGGUUGGCAACCCAAAGCUUCACAUCACACGUUCAGUGACGGUGUCUCAGGAUGAAUGUAUACCUUCCAGCUGUACUUCGACCCUCAGAGUGAGUAUCAUGUCCAGUGUAUCACGAAGGUCAGCCAGUGGGGUGCUAAUGCUUGGUAUAACUACUAGCAAGUCUCUAGUAGCAGCUCAAGCAUUCCGUUUUGCUCUUUGUUUUCAGUGGUUUCCAUGUUAAUGUACUAAGAGAGCACCUGCGUGUCACACUACCACCACUGAGCGUUUCUGAUAGCUUCACACCUUCCUCCAUGUAUAUAUGUAUAUGCAAACCAUUUUUUGUACCGUGAAAUCGUAACGAUAUGUGUUCGGAAAUGAGCUGCUACUAGGUCUUUGCCAUGGCCACACGCUGUGAUGUGGAGUAGUACUUUGCUUUACUCUAUGGGAACCUGCUAAAGCACGGGAAUAUGGCAACGCGAUGCUGCCUCACACUUAAUGUACAGAGCACUGUUACAAGUUCCUGUAUUCUCCUGGAAAAAAAUCAAACCCCUUGUAUUCCCCACUUAUAUGUAAGUACUUAAGAAAAUACAAUGCAUAAACUCUCA